AUGAGUGGAAAAAAUAUGAAUUUGAAUCAAAAGUUAAGGCGUAGCCCUAGGAAUGAAAAAAGCAACACAAGCAUUACGCCUACAACUUUGGCUCCUUCAAGAAUACGACGAUCAUUAUUCCCUGUACAAAAGGAAACUUUUGUAUCUAAUAAGGAACAGAAUGUGCCUACACAAAAGACAACUUAUGUAUCUGAUAAGGAAGGAAAUGUGCCAACAUCACAAUCAGUCACCGGCUUAAUUAACUCACAAGUGGAUAGUCAACUAAGAAAAUCGCAGUCUGACUCUCAAUGCUUGCAAAGAAGUUCUAGGAUUAUGAACACUUCGAGUAUGUUAGAAGAGAAUGAUGGGCAUGAAAUUUCAAAUGAAAGGUCGCGAGAAGAUGAACAAAAUCAGAUUUUAACUCCCUUGACUUCACAAGGAGGCUAUAAUUGCACAAAUAGGAGGAGAGUUAAUGCAAGUAAACCAAAGAAUAUGAAGGGUCGUGGUGCCAACAAAACAAAAGUUCUAAAACAACCUAUAGUUGUUGAUGUGAAUGAACAUGGACAACCUAUUGGUGAUUCUGAGAGGCCACUGUCUUCACUAAUUGGUUGUCUUGCACGUGACCCGAGAAGAUUGCCAUUAGAUUGUUGGGACUGGAGAUAUAUUAGUCAAGACAAAAAAGAUCGUUUGUGGGAAGAAGUAAAGCAAUCAUACAAGUUCCCUGAAGAACGAGAGCCUUACGAUUGGGCUAUGAAGACGAUGAAUGCCGCAUGGAGAUUAGAAAAAUGUGAACUGAAGAUAAAGUAUUUUGAUGGAAGAACUCACAAUAAUGCACUAGCUCAAAGGUCACACAUUGCACACAUUCCUGAUGAUAUGUGGAGAAACCUGGUGGAAUUUUGGGAAUCUCCAAAAGGCCAAGAGAGGAGUAAACGUAAUAAAGACAACAAGAGUAAGUCAACAAUGUGUCAUUAUGCCGGGACAAAGAGUUUUGCACGUAGACGUGCAGAGAAGAGGGAAAAGGAUGGAAAAGAGCCAGAUGCUCUUGAUGUAUGGCUUGAUACCCAUCAACCAAAAAAAGGUUCUCGACUUGAUGAUGCUUCAGCUAUGACAAAGAAAUUGAUUGAAGAAGAUUUGGCUUCCCUCCCACAAAACACUUGUAAUGACGAGGAACGUAUGAAAAUUUUCAAGAAGCAUGUAGGAGAAGAUAAAAAUGGUUAUGCAAAGACUUUUGGUUUGGGUGUGAAGGUUCCUCGUUCUCGUGCAAAAAGAUGUGCUUUAGAAGAGGAGAGAGCUAAAAGAAUCAAAAGUGAGAAAGAAGUUGAAAAAUUGGUAAAGAAGCUUGACAAAGCAACAAAUUUGAUGAAAAAGUUUCUACAACUUCAGGGUAUUUCAGAUGACAUUUGUUUGUCAAAUGACGAUGAUGAUCAUGAGGAAAGUGUGCAUAGUGAGGACCACAACGAGGAAAAUUUAGAAGAUGUGGAUAUUGAAAAUGAGUAUAAUGAAUCACGUCAAUUUGACUGUGAAAAUGCACUAUUUGAAGAUGAAGAAUUGAUGUAA